UGGAACAAAACUUACAACCGGAGGGUCUUCGCAAGUAAGCCCAUUUGCUGUUUCUUCCCUUCCUGGUUCAGCCUUGAAGGCUGCCAAGUGCUGCUAAUUCAACCAUAUGCAUUCUGCAACUAUAGGAAAUUACAGAACCAAGAUCCAUAAUCCCACUAGAUCAUUGGAAAAUCCCAAUCCUGUGUUACAUCGUCGACCACCUGAAUUCCUGCAUCUUCCACUGCUAAAAAGAUGCACCCAUUUGAUCCACUUGAAGCAAAUCCACGCCCAAAUCAUCAAAACCUCCUCCUACCAAAACGACAAUCUACUUGCCAAACUCGUAGUCUCAUUGCUGGGUUCAUCCCAAAUGGACUAUGCUCGCCGAGUGUUCGAGGAGAUGUCGGAGCCAUCCACCUUUGUUUUCAACACGAUGGCCAAGGCCAGCGUACUUCGCGGAUCUCCCAAAUACGCUAUCGAACUAUACAUCCAAAUGCGAUCUCAGGGACUUGAACCCGAUAACUUCACCUUCCCGAUCCUACUGAAGGCCUGUCAGGAUCUCAAUCAAGGGAAAGGAGUGCAUUCCCUCAUUCUAAAAGGUGAAGGCUUUGCGUCCGAUAUAUACUCUCAAACGGCCUUGGUUUAUUUUUAUUAAAACCACGGUGAUCUGGAGUGUGCCCGGUUGGUGUUUGAUAAAAUGAUCGACAGGAAUGUGGUUUCAUGGACUGCAUUGAUCACGGGUUAUGUGAAACAGAAGAAGUACAACGAGGGACUCGCUCUAUUCCAUCAGAUGCAAAUAGCAGGAGUUGAGAUCAAUGAGCUUACUCUUGUCAGCGUACUCUCUGCUUGUGCCCACCUUGGAGCUUUUGAGAUGGGGAAAUGGGUUCAUGGAUAUAUAGACCGGAACCAACUUUUCUUGAAUUCUACUCUUGCUACUGCCCUCACAGACAUGUACGUGAAAUGUGGAUACAUCAACGAAGCUUCCCAAGUUUUUGAAAAGCUACCUGAGCGGAGUGUCUGCACAUGGAAUUCAAUUAUAGGGGGCCUUGCUACGCAUGGUCGUGGAGAAGAAGCACUUGAGAGAUUCAAGGAUAUGGUAGCGAGUGGAACAAGGCCAGACCAUAUAACGUUCAUCGGAGUUCUAUCUGCCUGCAAUCAUUCUCGACUGGUAGACAAGGCUAGGGAGUACUUCAACUUAAUGAGAAGGGAAUAUGGGCUUGAACCCAACAUAAAACAUUACGGGUGCUUGGUAGACCUCUUGGGAAAGUCGGGACACUUGGAUGAGGCUUACAACGUCAUCAAAGAGAUGCCCAUUGAACCUAAUGGAGUUCUGUGGGGAGCACUGCUGAAUGCCUGCAGAGCCAACGCAAAUGUUGAACUAGCUGAGAUUGCAAUGGAGCAGCUUGUUGAAUUGGAACCCUUCAAUGAUGGAAACUUUGUCCUCAUGUCAAACAUCUAUGCUGCCAAGCUUCAGUGGAACAAUGUUGCCAAGUUAAGGAGAUUCAUGACAGAGAGAGGGAUUUUGAAGACCCCUGGUUGUAGUUCAAUUCAGAUUGGGAACAAGGUACAUCAGUUUAUGGCUGGUGAUUGCAGGCAUCCCCAUUCCAAAGAGAUAUAUUCUAUGCUAGAUGAUGUUGCAGAAAGAUUGAAGGCAGUGGGCUUUGCCCCUAGAACUAGCGAAGUGUUACUCGAUGCCAAUGAAGAAGAGAAGAGGAGAGCUUUAUGUCAGCAUAGUGAGAAGCUAGCUAUAGCCUUUGGACUUAUCCGCACAAGUCCUGGAACUCCCAUAAGGGUAGUGAAGAAUCUUCGAGCUUGCAGUGAUUGCCAUGUAGCAACAAAACUGAUUUCGAAGAUUUACGACAGGGAGAUAAUUGUCAGAGAUAGGAACCGCUUCCAUCAUUUUAAGGAUGGAGCUUGUUCCUGCAACGAUUGCUGGUAAAAAAUCAUGACACAUGAACUGCUAGAAAAGCAGGUCAUGGUAUGUGGUACAGAUCAAUCAUUGUGGAAGGUUUCCCCUUUCAAC